GAAGAAGAAGGAGGAGGAAAAAGAAGGCGAAGAAGAAGAACAAGAAGAAGAAGCCCUUCUGACAGUCCAAAAAAUGGCGGAUGCAUGCGGACAGAUCCUGGUGGGAUCAGGACUCACCGUCCUCUCUCACCCACUGAUGUACAUCAAAGUCCUCAUCCAGGUUGGACACGAGCCGCUGCCUCCCGCGCUGGGCAGGAACCUGUUCGGCAGACCGGUCCAGCAGCUGCCCGGCCUGUUCGCUUACGCAAAACACAUAAUCAAAAUUGAUGGGAAAACUGGUCUCUACAAAGGACUGGUUCCACGGCUCUGUGCUGGAGCCCUCGGCACAGUGGUCCACAGCAAGGCUCUGCAGAAAUGCCAGGAAAAGGACUUUCCUCAGGUAGUCGGGGGGCAGCAGAAAGCAGAGGAGGGUUCUCUUCUUCACGUUGUUAAUGAGACCACCAAAGAGAUGAUCGCCCGUUCCUGCGCCACUGUCAUCACACACCCGUUCCAUGUGAUCACUCUCAGAUGUAUGGUUCAGUUUAUUGGCAGAGAAACCAAAUACAGCUACAUGUUCGGCUCCAUCAUCACAGUCUACCGAGAAGAGGGAAUCUGGGGCUUCUUUGCUGGACUGAUCCCCCGCCUGCUGGCUGACAUCAUUUCCUUGUGGAUUUGUAACCUGCUGGCUCAUGCCCUCAACAAAUACGCCAUUGAUGACACGAUGAACCACAAGGGGGAGAUAAAGAGCGUCUCCACGGCGCUGACCGGGUUCUUGGCCAGCAUGGUCACCUACCCCCUUGUUCUGGCGUCCAACCUGAUGGCCGUCAAUGACUGCGGGCUGGCUGGAGGCAUGCCUCCGUACGCCCCCGCCUACCCCAGCUGGCUGGACUGCUUGGCCCACCUGAGGAGGGAGGGGAACACAGGAAGAGGCAACAGCUUGUUUUUCCGGAAGCUUCCAGCUGGAAAGAAGUACGCCGUUGACCAGAAGAGAUUUUUCUGAAGUCCUGAAGGAAGCUGGAGUUAGCUGUAAUAAUGAGAUGAAUCAACCCCCCCUUGGUCCAGACUAACCCUGUUAUUUUUGCACUGGUUUACUUUGGAUUCUGGCUUUAGGUUCUGUCCUCCUCUGACAUAAACAAGGUUAAUUAAACCCCUCAGAGGUUCUGCUGAGGGGCCGUUUGGCCCCAGGCUUAAAGAACUUCAUAACUCUGUGGUUUAAUAAUCAAGCCAUUCAAUUCCUCCAUGUUUUCUAAAGAUGAUCUGAUUCUGGGCUUUUCAGUCUGCAUAAUGUGUAAAUGAGAGCUGGUUGGUUCUGACGGGCUCCCUGGGGCCCCACUUUGUAAUCUUUCUUUUAAAAGCUGAACAUGUCUACCUGUGUACGGAUGUGAAGGAGAGCACAGCUGGAGGUGCUUGUAUAAAGUUCUGAUUGACCCA